AUGGCCUCUACUGCAGACACUACCAACGCUAGCAACGAUCUAUCCAUGACAGCACCACCGCUCGUUCCCACGAUCCACAAAACCUCAUACCCAAGUCUUGCACCUACUCGUCCUGAGCUGAACCAAUCCGGCAAGACAGUCCUGAUUACUGGUGGCUCAGCUGGAAUAGGCUUCGCAAUCGCCAGAGCAUAUGCUGCGGCUUCAGCUUCCAAAAUCAUUCUGACCGGUCGUCGGAGCGAUGUACUUCAACAAGCAACUUCAAAACUCACGGGAGAGUUUCCCAAUUCAACUAUCAUUCCCCGCCUCUGCGAUGUUGCAAACACCGAAGACUCACUCAAGCUUUGGUCAGAUCUGAAUGAUGAUGGAAUUUUGGUCGAUGUCCUUGUGCUGAACGCGGCGAAAUUCGGGCACUACCAGCAGCCGCUCCUCGAAGCUGAUUUGGAUUUCGCUUGGUCUCUGUACGAAACCAACGUCAAGUCACUCCUGAACUUCUGUCAGCAAUUACACAAGCAGCAGAAAGUCGAUGGGGAAAGAAAGGCCAUUGUCUACGUUUCCACAGUUGCUAUACAUAGCCCGGCUAUUGCAGCUACCCUUCCGGUUUAUUCCUUGAGCAAAAUGUCUGGCCACUUACUCAUUCAGAGUAUUGCAGAGAACGUAGACAGGCAGAAGUUGCAAAUCGUUACCUUUCAUCCAGGACAAAUCCUUUCCGAUGCAGCUCGAGCCGCAGGUCUCGACGAGAGCAGCGCUCCCUUUGACGAUGCAGAGAAUCUACCGGGCCAUUGGGCUGUUUGGGCGUCAACGCCUCAGGCUGGGUUUCUGCACGGCCGUUUUGCGUGGGCAGCAUGGGAUGUAGAUGAGUUGAGCUCUGGGGAUGUCAGAAAGCGCAUCGAUGAGCAUGAUGAUUUCUUGACCUUGAAACUAAUUGGUCUGUAA